AUGGCUGAAGAUUUGAAGUCACUCGUCAGUGAGCUCUCACGACUGGCUAGCACCUACGUGCCAUCCACAGGCCAUGAUGCGGCAUCUCUCGCCCCCAAAGCGGCUCUGGUCGGCCUUUCCAAGAAGAUCAUUUCCUCUUUAAUGGAUCCGGGGAUGAUGGUCCAGGCCCACUCCCUGCAAAUGGCCGAGCUGGUGUCCAUCCGCACACUCUUGGACCUGAAGGUGUUUGAGAAGAUGCCGGCGGAAGAGGGAAAGACGAUCAGUGCCAAGGAGUUGGGUGAGAAGUCGGGCGUUCAGGAGGCGCUGCUUGAAAGACUAUUGCGCCCUCUGGCCGCGUCGGGAUUCAUCACGCAGUCGCCCGAGGACGGUAGCUAUGGCUCCACCAAAUUCUCACAGGCCUACACGUCGUUCCCAGGCAUGUUCUUCACGUUGAUGUUUGACCACUUCCUGCAGCCUAUGACGGACCUGCCGAAGUACCUGGCCAAGCACGGGGCCGUCGAGCCGACGUCGUUCUACGUCAACCCGUACUCCGACUACCACAACGCCAGCGACUCCGGCAUGACGACGUGGGAGAUCAUGUCCAAGGACCCGGAGAAGCUGAAGACGUUCCAGCUGGGGCUGAAGAUGGGCGACAAUCUGGUCCCCGUCGUCGGCUAUUACAAUUUCAAUGGCCUGAAAUUGACCGAGGACGAGCUGCAGAGUACACCCGACCGCGUGGCGCUGGUGGACAUCGGCGGUGGGGUGGGCAACACCCUGAGGAAGGUCCUGGACGAGUACAAGGAGCUGGAUCCCAAGAACGUGGUGUUGCAGGAUCAGAAAGAGAUCAUCGCCAUGGCCGAAAAGGAGAAGAUCGCCCCGGAAGGAGUGAAGUUGAUGGAACAUGAUUUCUGGACCGAGCAGCCCGUCAAAGGUGCGAAGGCGUACUUCUUCCGACGCGUGUUCCACGACUACAGUGACGAGCUGUGCGCGAAAGCACUCAAGCAGAUCAUCCCGGUCAUGGCGCCGGACUCGCGCGUGCUCAUCGCCGACAUGCUGCUGCCGGAGAUCAUGACCGACGCGGCGGCGCACACGGCCGCGCUGGACGUCGCCUGCAUGGUCAUGGGCGGCAAGGAACGCACCGAGGCCGACUUCCGCAAGCUGUUCGACGGCGUCGGCCUUGAGGUCGUCGGCAUCCACCGUGCCCCCGAGGCCGCGGCGGGGAUCGUCGAGGGGAAGUUGAAGGGUGCGACGGCGGCGGCGGCGGCGGAUGCCUGA